AUGAAAGCUAUCGAAGUAACAGCAAUUCUUAUGGUGCCUGCUCUCGUACUCGGAAUUUUCGGCAACAUGAACUUGCUUUUUGCGACAUUUAGGUUGAAACAGUUACAAAAUCGCAACGGAAUUCUGAUUGCGUUAAUUGCUUUCUUCGAUUUUGUAAGUCGUUUUGUUUCGAAUCGAAAUAAAAUGUGA